AUGGGCGAUAAAAAUAUUACCCCAGCUCUCACAGGUUUCCCAACCACUAAACCGGCCAUUCAUAUGAAGGCUGGCUUAGCUGGGCAGUUCCCAUGCGGAGAGAUUUAUACUGGGUCGACUCUCAUUGGUGUCCCCCUUUCUUGGGGCGUGAUUGAGUCGGUUGGCGAUUUCGAGCCCAAGAUAAAAUUUACGAAGAUCCAUGGCCACGACUGGUUCCGUAUCGAUGCGGACAAGAAACAUGGCCGUUUUAACGUUUCUUUGAUCGCCACAGACGAAGAGGGGAGGUCCAUUCGCCUUAACGCGGAUGGCGUCGUUGAGCUGAAUGAGCAUACCAUGCCAUUACUUAUGGGGGACCCCAAUGCCAAGACUAACCCCUGGGGAUUUGGAGUUGAACAUCUCAAGUUUGAGGGAGGUCAUGAUGUUUAUAAGCCACUCGAGGGCAUGCUUUUCGCCUGUAGUCAGCGAUUUGUGAAGAGUGAUGACGGUGAAGUUUCGGUUGAAAUUCGUGCCUCCAAAAUUAUUGCUGGGUCGGGACUUGAAUAG